AUGUCAGCGUUGAGGCAGGAGCAUAGUUAUGGUCUCUCCAGCACCCAAAUCAGCAAAAACACCAAGCAGAGUCUGUACCACGUAAAACUGACUGACAGCGCGAUCCGGAUGCUGGAAACUUACCAGAACCUGAAAGUUAAAAGGGACGACACGGACCACCUGGAGAGCAAGGGCCACAUUCAGGGCAAGAUGACAGUUUGUGCCACAGAACAGUCCUACCAGGAAACGAGGAAAUACCUGUCUCAGAUGGAGAAACCCAGCCAGAAACGGUCAGCGAUUGAGAUCGAGCGGAGGCCAACUAAGUUUGCAAAGAUCCAGAGCAAGUGGAGUUUAAUGCCAGGCUCACGUGGCAGCAGCAGCAGCAGCAGCAGCAAACACUCCCUGUGCAAGAGGAGCCAGGUCCUCAGUCCUGUGGCACGCUGCCCCUUGAGGGAAUGCAUUGUUCAUCGGCUGGCUUUAAGAUCACAUAAAAAACCUGAUCUGGUGCUGUGGUUGGAGAGACAGCGAUUUGAUUCAGAGGACAUGGCUGAGCUGACCUCAGUGUUGGAGGAGGUCAGCAAUUGGAACCCAGAUGCUGACUGCUACAGUCUGAAGACGGAGCUCUUCACACACGUCCAGACAGACUGGCCUGGAUAUAAGAGCAAGGAAAAGCAGCUCAUUGGCCGGCUCCUGAGUAGGAAACGGCCAUCGCAGUCAGACCUGUCCAAUGAUCUGGACCUGAAAAAACAGAGGACAUCAGUCCAGGCUGUGCCUCCACGGAUGCCCUCUCAUGAAGUUCAGUGUACAAACCCCACUAGCAGCUCCUUUCAUUGGACUUCUGGAAACCCCCACAGCUCAGCCCUGUCCUCGGCGUACAUCCACAAAGGCCACACAGGGGAGAAAGCUACGGUUACUUCAACCUCAGCGACUCCACUCCCCGACUAUGUCAACAAAUACAGCACCAUCACAUCACUGGAGCAGCGUCAAAAAUACGAAGAGGAAUUUGACGCUGAGUAUCAUGAAUAUGAAGCUGUUCAUGACCGGAUCGCCGCUGCUGCAGAAAGGUUUCUUCAGAUGACCUCUGAACUGGACUCGCUGCCUCCUGGGACGGAAGCUUAUCAGCAAAUGCGGGACCAGGUACUGGAAAAGUACAGAAUCUAUCAGAAAUGGUUUCCUGGAUAUCAGAGAGACAAGAGGAAAUGCAUCUAUCUUCACCAUAAACUGGUGCAUAUAAAAGAAAGGAUUGCAGACUACGACCAAGCACAGGAGACCAGGAUCUGA